UACAAAUAACUGUUGUGCAGUACAGAGCUCGGUGCCUGAUCAAUCCGUCGCGUAGGCACAAGCUGCUCGUGGCGAGAAACGCACGGUGAAUGGGAAAAUGUAUGAUCGAGCGAUGCUGAAGUUUUUGAGCAACGCUUCUCUAGAGAUCCAUCCAUUGAGCAAAGUACCUUUACCAGCGGCAAUCUACUGUCUGCAGCUGUCCGUCCAUGACCAGAUACGAUCGGUACGGAGUGUCCAGCGAAGAUCAGCAGGCCUCUUCGACAAUGAUGAACGGAGAUGCAUGUAUGGCCACAACGACAGCGUCGAUGACUGACGAGGAGUCACUACUGUUGAAGCGUGCCAACGCCGAAAGAGACGAAAUAUUCGAGCGAUAUGAUCGUGGUCGCGAGAAUCCUAACAUUGAUUCGUGGGAAGACCCGCUUUUUGAGGUGUACACGCAGGCGGAUCGAUAUGGGUUUUUACAUCCCGAGCAGCCAGCAACCAACCGAAGUGGCGAGCUGCCGGACAAACACCACACACAACUGGAGAUGGAACGGGUGAAGAAGUGGAUCAAAAUGCACCGGAACUGGAACAGUGCCAGCACGAAGGAAAACUUGCAGAGACGCGUCAUGAAAGGUAUUCCCGAUCGGAUGCGUUCAGCAAUAUGGCGCAAUUUGCUGGACGUCGAACAGGUGGUUGGAGAAAAUAAACACGUCUACGAAAGAAUGCUGCAACUGGCGCGUCAGUGUAGUCCCGACAUUCGGCAGAUAGAUUUCGACGUGAAUCGACAGUUUCGCAAUCACAUCUUCUACCGCGAACGGUACAGUGUGAAGCAGCAGAGCUUAUUUCGCGUGCUGGCCGCGUAUAGCAUGUACAACACUGAGGUGGGCUAUUGUCAGGGUAUGUCGACUGUGGCAGCCGUUCUGCUGAUGUACUUCGACGAGGAGGACGCAUUCUGGGCUUUGGAUAUACUAUUGACGAACGCUAGGUACGCCAUGCACGGUUUGUAUAUUGUCGGAUUUCCGAAAUUGAUGCGCUUUUUGGCGCACCACGACCGGAUACUGACCAAGUGUUUGCCAAAACUGAAGAAGCAUCUCGACAAACAUGAGGUACAUUCCGUGCUAUACUCGUUAAAGUGGUUUUUUGUCAUCUUUGUCGAACGGAUACCAUUUAGCUUAUGCCUGCGCGUCUGGGAUAUCUACAUGAUGUUCGGUGAGCGUGUACUUACGGGAAUGGCCUACACGAUACUUAAGAUGCACCAAACGAAAAUUCGCCGCAUGAAGGACAUGGACCAGAUAACCGAUUUCCUGCAGACAUCACUACACAAACAUUUUGGCUUUGAUGAUGACACUGUGAUAAGAAUGCUGAAAAGCUCGAUGGACGAGCUGAAGCGACUGAAACUGCUAACGUUGCAGCCCCCAGCCGCACCUAACGAACUGCCAUCCCUACCCCGUGGACAAUCGGUUGAACUAUCGACGAAAGUGAAGAUUGGCCAUCGAAACGAACAGUUCACGGAUCGUGAAAUUGUCCUAAAGGAGAAGGUUUUGUAUCGUAGCGAGUCGAAGAACGACGAAGAAGAACAGUACAAUAAUGAUAACAUCAAUGGCGAUGCACAUGCGGAAGAAGAGGACGAGGACGAGCGCACGGAGAAGGACUACGAUGAUAUUACGGAGGACACCGUAAGUCAGCUGCACACAGUUUCAGAUAUGGACGGCGGAAGUAGCAUCACGAAGCACUCACUGACUGGAACUUCCGUAACCUCAACCAACGACAUUAGCAUAACGUCGUAUGAACGUACCUGUGAUAUAUUUCGGCUAACCGGCAAUGGUCCUCAUCAGCCGUUCAGUCAACGCGAACACCAGCACGCUGGCCCCAACUCGGCGAUCCAUCUGCUCGACCAUCUUGCUGCUCAGUUAUCGGAUGAAGAACUCUCAUCGAUUGGAGCUGCUGUAGAUCUGAUAUUAGACGAGGAGGACAACGGCGCCGACAUACCCGGCGAUAGUGGUGAUGAUCCGAUAUCAAAGUUAGCAGAGGAAAUGGACGCACCUACUGGCAGUGAGUCCGGCAAAUCGCCUCGAAGUCCUCCAGCAAAACUAUGUGUUAGUCCUGAUCAUGAGCAUGUCGCACGUUUAGUGGCGAAUGGAAACGAUGACGAGGACGAGGAUGAGCUAACGGAAAAGCAGCUUUCUUUCUAG